AUGUACGCGUUCAACAUGCUCGGCAAGACGGUCAAGUAUAUUGUUAUUGGUGGCGCAGGACUCGCCGCGCUCUCGCUGGCCGGCUGGGAGGCCGCGCACCUCUACAUCGAGCACCAGAUGCCGUCUGCCAAGUCGAAGCCGGGCAGCCACGGCUGGGAGGAGGAGAACACGAGCUGGACGGGCGAGGACGGCGGCACGACGUCCAAGCUGAGCUGGAAGGCGCGCAUGGCGCUGCGGGCGGCAUGGCUGUGCUGGGAGAAGGGUGCCGGAGUGCCGGGCGCGAUCUCUACACGGCAGAGCAUCCACCCGCAGCUCAGCGGCGCCAUUGGCGGGCUGAACAAGAUCGACCGCGGAUACGAGCUCGCGGAGCAGUACAUCGACGUCGCAAUCAAGGACGCCGAGAAGCGCGGCAUGGUCUUCCCGCCGCACGAGGGCGCCGACCCCGUCGCCCUCGACCUCGUCACGCUCAAGGCGUCCAUUCUGGAGCGCAUGGGCACGCCCGACACGCUCGAGCAGGCGCGCGAGCUGUACGAGGACGUUGCGCGGACGCCCAAGCCGCAAACCGAGCUGAACCAGGCGCUCUCCAUCCGCCUCGCGCUCAAGCUUUCCGACCUCGCGAACCGGGCGGGCGACUCGGCGGACGCGGCCAAGUGGCGCCAGUGGGGACUGCAGACAGCCGGCGUGCAGAUCCCGGAGCCGCCAAAGAGCUCGUGGUGGUCCAAGCCGAAGCCUGAGCCGGUGACGGUGCCAGAGCUGGGCGCCCCUGUCCGCCGUGCGACUGUUGCGCUCCUCCUGUCCGACUCUGCGCUGGCCGCGCAGUCUGGCGACCUCGACCACGCCGCCCGCGAGCACGAGGUUAUCCGCGCCAUGAUCCCGACACCGGAACGGCUCGUCACGCCGAACAACACGAACGCUCCCGAGGUGCUCCACAGCGUGUGGCUUGCGCAGCGCCGUGCCCUGCUGGACCUGUACCGCGGCUCUGUUGCGCACGCGCAGGACCGCAAAUCGACGGCGCCUUUGGGAACGAUCGCGCUGGCAGCGGAGGAGUCUGACGCGGUGAUUGCCGCCCUCGAGCCGCUGCCGGCCGCUUACAAGGGGCCGCUCCUCGUCCCGGCCGAGCGCCUGCGCCGGGAAGCCCUCCAGACCGGCGCCGAGGCGCACUUUACCGAGGGCGUGCUCGAGGAGAAGCAGGGCACGGAGCCCGCCCUCCUCAAGGCGCUGGCGAGCUUUGAGCGCGCCAUGAGCCUCGCUGCGCUCGAGAGCGGCAGCAGCGACAUCCGGGGCGAGAAGGAGGACGAGGGCGUCGGACGCUCGCCCGAGUGGACGCGCUACGCCCGUGCGUACGACCGCGUCAAGGCCAAGCUGCAAUAA